AUGAACGAGUCGAAUAACAGAGGCAGAACCCGACAGCGUAGAAGUAACAACAACGGAAUCAACAUUGAAGACAGCGAAAAUAAUAACUUCAUCGUUAAUGACGAUGGUAUGUUCAUUGACGACAAUGACUCGUUAGAGGAUGAAUGUAUCACUCCAAAAGACGAUGAGGAUAAUAUAAACUCUAGAAGAAAGAGAACAGAUAGAUUGAAUAGAAACGAAAAUAAAAAUAUGGCCAGCGAGAGAGGAGAGUCCAACUAUGGUAGCGGCAGCUUGCGCCGCGGCGUAAAGAACUCUCAUGCAGAACAACAGAACAACGAGCAGUAUGGCAGUCGACACCCUGAAGGGAGCAAUUCCAGCGUACUCAUAAAUGGCGCUCCGUCGGAGGGCGCAUUGCCGGAUAGGGGACUCCCAAAUAGCGACGUCCCCAAUGGCACAGCGCAGAGCACCACAAAUAACAUCAGCAACGGGGUCUUCGUUUUCAAUGGGGACAACAUCCUGGGUGGCUAUGAGGGCAGUGGUAGUAGUGGUAUGCGCGGAGCGAACCAAGGUCUACUCGACGGCGUAGCCGCAAGUGUAGCGUUAAAUGUUAGCACAAGCGCAGCCUCGAACAUAGCCGCCAAUAUAGCUGUGGAUAUGUCUACCAAUUUAGCGUCUAACGCAGAGCAGUGUGAAGGAGCAAAGAACGAUCCCUUGAGCCACAUCCACGGGGGCGAGAGGGACAACGUGUUUGUGAACGGAUCCAGCAAUUACUUCGUGCAGAACGGAGUACACGCCGAGAGCAACCACGCAGAUGAAGUGAGAGAUUCGUGGGAUGAGGCCAUGGGAGAGCAACAGCAGGAAGUGGGAGAAGAAGUUGAGCAGCAACAGGAACAGGCCAACCCGUAUGAAGAACUGAACCGAGAAAACCAGGCGAAUGCUGUCAUGCAAGGAGUAGAGUUGAGCGAAGUCAGGGCAAGAGAAAAUAUUAAAAAGAAGGACGACGAAGUGGAAAGGAAUAUGUUACACAUGGUUGACAACGACCAACUAAAUGACGAAUUAGUAGUGGCAUCAAUUCUCAACAAUGAGAAUCAUUUAGAAGGUGGUUCCCCUUUAAAUACAUUAAGUAGUGCAGUAGGAAGAAUAUCUACCGGAGGUUCUUCCAUCCCGGGGGUAGGAGCCCAAGGAUCAGCAGUAGCUCUUCCCACAGCAGGACUAACAGUUGAAAGUUUCAUACAAUGUUUAAAAAGAGAACUCACCUGUCCAAUAUGCCUCGAUUAUUUCUACCUACCUGUAACGAUGAACUGUGGACACACUUUUUGUAGAUACUGCAUAGGGCAUAACAAAUUGAAUGGGAAGAAUUGCCCCCUGUGUAGACAAGCCCUAGGACAUACAGUAUGCAUAAACACAAUUAUCUCGAACCUAGUACGCAUAUAUAAUUUAAGAAGAAAGUCGAUCAAGAUAUACAAAUCAAUUGAAAUAGUAAAUACAGUAGAUGAAAUUUGGUGGAACGAAAAUUUUAUUAAACCCCAAGUGAGUGUUCCUUUAUUUUUGCGUAUUUUUCUCAACGACAUGAUUUCUGUACCUGUCUUCUUUGACGACCUGACUGCCUGCAUUGUCGACUUUUUCACAGUUAACAAUCUGUGGUCCAAGGCCAAGUGGGUAUUUAACAUUAACGAUUGUAAAAUAUUCAGUGAACUCAUUGGGUAUGACAAAGAUAAUAAAGAAGUGACUAAUGAAAGGUUACAUGCAUGGGUGGAGAAUUAUAUUACACAGAACCCAUCCAUGUGUAUAAGGAAAGAUGAAAAAAUAAUUUUAAAAAUUAUUCAGGAUAGAACCCAUAAAAUUGAUAGCCAAUUUUUCGAUUCUUCUGCUUUGCCAAAUAGAUUACCUUGGGAUGGAGGCAGACAUGUUAAGAGUUUAAUUCAUAUGCCUCAUUCUUCCGUCUCCUUAUCACAUCUCAUAUUUGUUAAGGCAGAAAAUAAUAAUAUUGGAGUAGUGGAUUGUGGGUCAACUAUUGGCACCAUGAUCAAGGUUAAUAAUAACCACGUACUUAAGGAAGGGGAUAUAAUCCAUAUUGGAGACCGACUUGAAGUUACCGUGUCCAUUGAUAAGAAUACCGCUGGUAUGCCUUACAAAGGAUACGUGUGGGACAAGAAGUCCAAUAAAGUACUUGACAGACAUGAGUUAAAUGAACUCAUGAAGGAGAAGGGAAAGGAAGGAGCGGAGGAUGCAGUAGCAGGAGGAGAAGCAGUGGUUAAGGAAAAUGAAGAUGAUGCUGAACAGAGGGAUGAAGCUGGAGCCGCAUCGGGAGUCGAUCCGAAUGCGGAACGUGUGCAAGAACGAAUCUCUGAACAAGGUGGAGAGCGCGGGGCCGAUGGACAAGACGCUAGCAACAAUGUGGGUGAAGAUAAUAUGCCUUCCUAUUGUGAAAAUAUUGAAUCCAAUUUGCUAAUUAAAUUUGAUUUUGGAACAGUAAAAGAUGAAGUCACUUUAAAAACGGAGUAUAUCGACCCUAAGGGAGUAGUCUUAGGGAGAGGUCCCUAUGCACAAUCUAGUUACAAAAAAUUAUCUGUUACAAAUUCAAAUGGUUAUGUGUCUAGGGAGCACUGCUUAAUAUACUAUGAUGGAACCAAGCCCGUUGGAGAAAGAUGGCUUUUGAGGGAUACUAGUACCUUGGGAACGUUUUUAAAAAUCCCGCCCUUUUCUGAACCCGUCCCUUUACCUGUGGGUUCUAUUUUUAAAGCCGGCCAAUGCAAAAUUGAAGUUUGUUCUCGUGAUAGUGCACAAUUUGCACAACACCCCGCAAGGUCCAUUUCGCUACUCAAUGCGAACAACCGACCAAACAUGGGUCCACCACCCAACCGAGACGAUGGUAGAAAUAACGACAAUGGAGGUGGUAACCCCAACAAUCAAAACAAUUCCGGUGGAGGACAAGGAAGUGGUGCAAGCGGCGGUGGUGGAAGUGGCAGUGGUAGCGGUGAAGCCAAUGAAAGAGGAAAUGGCAACAGACAAAACCGCGGAGCCAAUCAUCAACAUAACAAUGGAACAAACAAUUACCAUAAUCAGGCAAGCCUUGGAGGAGGCAUGAAUCACAACCCCAUGUUUGCCAGAGGCGGAGAAAGAAUAGAGCCCAGUAGUAAUGACAGUAGUAGUGUAGAGAGCUUGCGAGGGUACAACUAUAUGGAGCAGUACCACCACCACCACCCCCUUGAUGAAAAUAAUGGAGCAGCAGCCGGAGCAGCGGCCGCAGCAGGUGGUUACUGGGUUUUUAAUGGGAGUGCUUUGCAGAAUUAUCGAACGAGUCGAGGUUCCUAUAAUGUAGCGAACAGUGGUAACAUUGCCAACUGGGAUAACAGAAUGACCAUGAUGAGAAGUAAUCAUGAUGGUGGUAGUGGCGGCAGUAACAACAGUGCGUCUUUGAAUACUCGGGGCGUGCACCACUAUCCACAGCAGUACGCACAGCAGUAUGGACAGCAGUAUGUACAGCAGUAUGAGCAGCAUAACCCGCUGCACCAUUUUCAGCAACACCAUCACCACAACCGGGACACGUACUUCUACAACUACCUCCAACACAGAGUUAAUCGCCAAGGUAAUGACGAAAGCGUCAGCAACGGCCAUGAUGUGAAUGAAAACAGCGAUAAUGAAAACGGAAACAACGGAUUCCCUAAUAGGGGCAUCGGUGACGCGAGGAACCACGACAAUGAAAAUGGAGGCAAUGGUCCGAGCGGCGCGAAUGGGGCAAAUGAUGCCAGCGGUAGUCAACACACGGGUCAUCAGGCCAGUGGAAGUAGUACCACCAAUCGUUAUAACGGACAUAUGAGUCUUCAUCACGGGGGCCAAUCCAACCGCGAUAGUGUUGAUCGAGCCAACCGAUGUUAUCAAGCAAACAACAUCCUCAACGAAAUGAUUAGCGUUAACACGGAAAGCAGUCGUAUGAACAGAGAAGGCUACUUCAAUGCGUCCAUGGGAAGAAGCCUUGUAGAAGUGAACCACGAACAAGUUGUAUCUGCGAGGUUCUUGCCCCACGCAAGCCACAAUGCAAGUGUUUGUGUUCAUGGAAUGGGCAGAAUCAACCAAGUAGUAUGCAGUGCCCCUAUCGCAGGAGUAAACAUCGUCCUCAGCAACAACCUUAACUCGUGCCAAAAUGUCAGAGUGCAACAUGUGGAAGAGUGCCCCAAUCACUAUCACCAUAGUAGUUUAGAUCAGAGUCACCAAGUAACAGGAAGAAGGGGUGACGAAGGUGAAGUCCGAAAUGGGGAGAGCUACCAAAAUGGUGACUCGAAUGAUGAGAAAAAAUGUGUGAAUAUGGGUGUAGUCAACCAACCUCAAAAGAGUGAUGAUGCUAUGGUUUCGAAUAAAAUCUUUCGUAGUGCCUCCAAUUGUGAGAGGAACAUGAGUAUGAACCCUCACAAGAAGAGCAACAAGGGAAGCAACGAUGUAGUAGAGGCUCGCAAUGGGUUGGUUUAUUGGAGCCCCGUGAGCGAAGGCUGUUGGAACGUCGUCAAUGAGAGGGAUUUUGUCGGCAACAAUUUUUCGAGCCAUGUUGCCUGUAGUACAUGUGGAAGGAGGGACAAUUGCUGCAACCCGGAGAUCGUCUACAAAAAGAAGAGACAUCACGCUGAAACGUUUAUGUGCAAUAGCGUCUCUACCGUGGAGGAAGAGGAGGGAAAUAGCCUUACCGAAGGGGAAAAUCUGAAUGGGUAUGUCCAGGUGGACGACCAGGGACAGUUGGGCAUUCAACAUGGAGAGCACCAUUUCGAUACCACCUACGAUGCUAGCUGUGAUGAUGAUGUGAGCACGAAAAACAUCAACACUGCCGCAGCACAGACAGGCCUAUUUAAUGAAAUUGAGCCGCUCAACAUGAUUUACGACUACAUCCACGGCCUAGGGACAAACGAGAUUGAUAACUCAGGAAUCAAUCGAAGACUCAUAUGGGAAGAAAAUGAAGAAAUGAUGAACCUGCUAAAUAGCUCCAAUGUGAAGACAAAAAAAAUUAGCUCCCUUAGCAUAUUCCCCAUGGUCCAUCUUCCACUCAACCACUCUGAGUAUAGGCAAACGAACGAAGACUCCCUCGAGGGGGGAGAAAACACGAAAAGAGUGUUAUACACAGAACGCGACAAUAUUUGUGAACAUAGUGGGGUGUUGUCUUCGGUAAAGAUGAGUAACUGA